AUAUGCAAAUGCGGGUAUAAUUGCCAGCCAAUGGCGUGCGCGCUGGUCACAUGGUGCUGGUGGAGGCUCAGGGAAGAGAAGUUGAGUCCGGGCGAGCUCGGGCAGCGCCGCCAGAGCCGAGCGAGCGGCGGGCGAGCGCCGCGCCUCCUCCGCAGGGAGCCCGCCGGCCGGGGCUCUGCCUGGACCAUGCCGAUCCUCCUCUUCCUCAUAGACACGUCCGCCUCCAUGAACCAGCGGGCGUACCUGGGCACCAGCUACCUGGACAUCGCCAAGGGCGCCGUGGAGAUCUUCAUGAAGCUGCGGGCCCGCGACCCGGCCAGCCGCGGCGACAGGUACAUGCUGGUUACCUUCGACGAGCCGCCCUACUGCAUCAAGGCUGGAUGGAAGGAAAACCAUGCAACGUUUAUGAAUGAACUGAAAAACCUUCAGGCUUCAGGACUAACAACCCUUGGUCAGGCACUCAGGUCCUCGUUUGACUUGUUAAAUCUCAAUAGAUUAGUGUCUGGAAUAGACAAUUAUGGACAGGGAAGGAAUCCGUUCUUUUUGGAGCCAUCUAUUUUGAUUACCAUCACAGACGGAAAUAAACUGACAAAUACAGCUGGAGUUCAAGAGGAGCUUCAUCUUCCGUUGAAUUCUCCUUUGCCUGGAAGUGAAUUAACCAAAGAACCAUUCCGUUGGGAUCAAAGGCUGUUUGCUCUGGUGCUGCGUUUGCCAGGAGCUGCAUCUGCUGAACCAGAGCAGCUUGGGAGUGUGCCUACUGAUGAAUCUGCUAUCACACAGAUGUGUGAAGUUACAGGAGGUCGUUCGUACUGUGUUCGGACACAAAGAAUGUUGAAUCAAUGUUUAGAAUCUUUAGUUCAAAAAGUCCAAAGUGGAGUUGUUAUUAACUUUGAAAAGUCAGGACCAGAUCCAGCUCCUAUUGGAGAAGAUGGACUUGUUGAUUCAUCCAGGCCCAUCAAUUCAUUUGCUUCUCAGCCGUGGCAUAGUUGUCAUAAACUCAUUUAUGUACGGCCUAACCCUAAAACGGGGGUUCCUGUGGGGCAUUGGCCAAUCCCAGAAUCUUUUUGGCCUGAUCAGAAUUCACCAACACUGCCUCCACGCACAGCUCACCCCGUGGUGAGGUUCUCCUGUGUGGAUUGUGAGCCCAUGGUAAUAGACAAACUUCCUUUUGACAAGUAUGAGCUUGAGCCUUCUCCCCUCACACAGUACAUCUUGGAACGAAAGUCUCCCCAUACCUGCUGGCAGGUAUUUGUGAGUAGCAGUGGAAAAUACAGUGAACUUGGCCACCCGUUUGGGUAUUUAAAAGCAAGCACUACUUUAACCUGUGUAAACCUCUUUGUGAUGCCUUACAACUACCCUGUGUUACUUCCAUUGUUGGAUGACUUGUUUAAGGUUCACAAACUUAAGCCAAAUCUGAAGUGGCGACAGGCUUUUGACAACUACUUAAAAACAAUGCCUCCUUACUACUUACUGCCAUUAAAGAAAGCCCUAAGGAUGAUGGGAGCUCCAAAUCUGAUAUCAGAUAAUUUAGAUUGUGGACUUAGUUACAGUGUUAUCUCUUACCUUAAAAAACUCAGCCAACAGACAAAAGUAGAAUCGGAACGGAUAAUAGGUUCAGUGGGUAAGAAAGUUCCACAAGAAAUUGGAAUAAAAGUGAAAAAUCACUCCAGUGGCCUCUCCUUGGUACACAGUAGGGACUUUAAGCAACUGCUGCAAGGGAUCACUGGGGAAUCUCCACUGAGACUGGCGGAAAUGAAUGUUAAAGAAUUUGCUGGCUUCCACAUAGGACUUUUAAACAAGGAUUUGAAGCCACAGGCCUUCAGAAAUGCAUAUGAUAUUCCUCGUCGCAGUCUUCUAGACCAGCUAACCAGAAUGAGAACCAAUCUUCUGAAAACACACAGGCUUAUCUUGGGGCAGGAUGAAGACUGCCUUCACAGUGUUCCUGUUGCUCAGAUGGGAAAUUACCAGGAAUACCUGAAAAUGCUGCCUUCACCUCUUCGGGAAAUUGACCCCGAUCAACCAAAAAGACUUCACACCUUUGGCAAUCCAUUCAAACAGGAUAAGAAGGGUAUGAUGAUUGACGAAGCCGAUGAAUUUGUUGCUGGGCCUCAGAACAAGAUCAAGCGUCCUGGAGAGCCCAACACUCCGGCAUCAUUGAAGAGGAGGAGGAGCAUGUCCCCACUGCUGAGACGGCCACAGUCACCCCCCGUGGUCACCAACCAUGUGGGUGGGAAGGGGCCACCAGCUGCUCUUGGAUCCCCCUCCUACCUAAACCUCAAAGGUGUGCCAGGAAAUAAAGAUACCAAUAACAGUGUUGUCCAAGAUGGCAAUGGAGAGAAGAAAGCAGAAAAUUGUCAGUCACUGGAAAAACAAAUUGAUGGCUUAUCUGUGCAAAUGGCUCCUGCUGUUCCAGCUGCUGUGGGAGAGGAUGAAAUGCUACCCAAUGACUUAGACUCUCUACCUGUUGAAUUCAACUGUUUGAGUGAAGAUGGGUUGGAUCAUAAACCUGGUACCAAUGCACUUGUUCGAGGGCCUCUAAAUUACAGCGUGAGUGGAGAUGACCAAAAACGGGCCGUGGAAUCUACGUCUGAAUCUGUGCCAAAUUCCUUUAAAAUAACACCUACCAUGCUGGAGGGAAGCAAUGCUGACAUCAAAAUCAAAGUGAUGAAAGAGGUUCGCAAACCUGGAAGAAAUUAUGAAAAAAUAUUCUCUCUUCUCGAGGAGGUGCAAGGACCUAUGGAAAUUCAGAAGUAUUUCAUUGAAUUUGCUAUCAAGGAAGCAGCAAGGUUUAAAAAACGAGUCUUAAUACAACACUUAGAGAGAAUACUAGAGGAACUAGAUUUCACCAGCCCACCCAACAGAGUUAAUCAUGUCAACAGUAGAUAAUAAUGUACCAGCCAGACGAAUGCGGACCAGGAAUGAGUUUGCUGUGCCACAGAAGAGUGGAAGAGGAUGUAGCUGCUGCCCUCACCAUCUUGGCAGUCAAGUGAUUUUACUGUCACAGUCUGAGAAGAAGCAGUGGAGCUUUAACUUUAAGAACCUGAUUCGGCAGAAGCUGGGCUAUAACCUUAAGGAUUUGCUAUGAAAGGUGUGGCUUUCUCCUGUGGAGGGUGCUGUUUGCUCAACAGGCGGAAGAAAAUAACCAUUGCUGCCCCUCCUGCAGGUGAUGAGAAUUUACUCAUUUGAACGCUGUCAUUAGACAUUUACGUGCUAUAGGCAGCAGGUUGCACUAAAAUGGGGCACUGUCAAAUGCACACACUUGUCUGCAUCGUGGAGAGAGCCCGUGUGUUCCCAAAAAAACCCUCCCAGAAACACCUGCACUGGUAAAAAUUGCAUGUUGCCACCACAGAGACAAGGGUCUUGUUCCCAAGAACUGCUAGCCAUGCCUUUAAACUUGAGAUUCAGUGUAGAUUGAGAGUAAAGAAACUGCUAUUGUGUUAAUGAAAGCUAAAGACAGCCCUGUGACUGUUACCACCCGAUGGUCACUAAACAAUCUACCUCAGACUCUCUUCUGUUUUGUCUGCAGACAUUAUGAAAGUGCACCUGAGGCUUCCCAGGUCCCCGACUUCAGUUCUCUUUCAUCCUGUGAGGAGGACGGAGAUUCUUCAGGUGGCCUUGGCACACGCUGUGCUUUGGAAGCACUAAAAGGAAACGCUUUUAAAAACGUGUAUUUUAAUGUUCAUACAAAAGAGAUUAUUUUGAACAGUAUUGUUACCAGAUCACUAAUUUGAUAUUUUAACUGUAUAAAUUUUUUGGAACAUAUGUAUAUAUAAAAUAAACCAUUUUAUUAAUUUUUAA